AAAUUUUCAACCUUUUUCACACCUUCUCCCUCCACCAUCUCCUCUUCCCUCUCGAGUUUUUAGGGUUUCUCUUCAAUGAAUGCGGAGAUAAGCAUGGAAUUUUCCGAAGAAGAAGCAGCCCUUGGAUUAGAGGAAGACGCAGUGAAGGCAUGCCAAUCAUCGCCUUCACCUUCAUCUCCUGAAACCCUAGUUGAACAAAUUGAGAAUCUGAAGUUCGAUGAAGAGGAGAAGCAGAGGGAUGAAGAGAAAUCGGAGGGGGAGUUUCUGGACCGUGAGAGCAAGAUUUGCGAUGAGGGUAAUGAGAAAUCGGAAGGUUUUCGGUAUCCUCUUCGACCUGGGGAGCCCGAUUGUGCGUAUUUCUUGAGGACCGGAUUGUGUGGGUAUGGAUCGAAAUGCAAGUUUAAUCAUCCCACAACCAGGAACUCGCUUGCCCAGGGAAUUAUGUGGGGUCCUUCAGAGACGAUCCAGGCUGGCGAGGGAAAAGAAACCAAAGCAUGGCUACAAGGAGAAGGGCAAUUAAAAUGCAAGUAUUACUCGAUGCCUUCUGGUUGUAAAUAUGGAAAAUCCUGCAAGUAUGGCCACCGUCGUGAAAAUUCAGGAGCAGAACAAGUGGAGCUUAACUUUUUAGGGCUUCCAAUUCGACCAGGAGAAAAGGAGUGCCCCUUUUAUCUGAGAACUGGUUGUUGCAAAUAUUCAGCCAGCUGUCGGUUUCAUCAUCCUGAGCCAGUUUCUGUUCCUGCAAAUUAUCUCACUGCAAGGUUUGAAAAGGAUGGGUACUGUCAAGGACUUGCUUCAGGAAAAUCUAAAUCACCUAAGGCGUCUUUUCCUCUUCAGAGAGCAUCUGUUGAGUUGUCUUCUUCCUUAGAUGCCUCUUCGCCUUCCUACAUCCCAAGAAUUCUCUUACCUCAUCAAGUGUUUCAUACAAGUAAAUUAAGCACUGAAUAUGGUGAAUAUCAGGCCCCAGCUGAAGCACCCUUCACACCAGACUCGGACUGGAGUAAGCAAGAGACUCCUGCUACUGACUUGGACUGUCACCCACCAAAGGCAGAUGACCUUGUACAUCAGCAUGCGCAGACUGAAUUGUAUCCUGAGAGAGCUGGCCAACCAGAAUGUCAGUAUUUUAUGAAACACGGAGAAUGCAAGUUUGGAUUAUCAUGCAAAUUUUCCCAUCCAAAAACUCGCUGUUCAAAAGCAUCUGUAGCCAUUCUCAGUCCCCUCGGCCUGCCUUUGAGAAAGGACCAACCAAUCUGUGCACAUUAUGACAUGUAUGGUAUAUGUAAGUAUGGGCCUGCCUGCAAGUUUGAUCAUCCCAUGAAGUUUAGUCAUUCACCGUCAACAACUGCUAAAUCAUGUACUCACUCAUCAUCAGUUGAUGUGCCCGGAGCAGUAAAGCUGUCAUCUGGAAGUGCUUUGCUCCAGCAGUCUUAAACAUUGUUCUAUCUGAGACUUUCAUUUCCCCACUUUGUUUAAAAGAAAAGAAACAAAACAAGACCUGGUAAUCUGAUGAGUCCUAAAUUUUUGUGAUUUUUUAUUUCUAGUUUGUUCCUGAUUGUAUAGGUACCCAUAAAGCAGUUUUUGUUGGGGGAGUACUCUGCAUCUCAUCUCAAUUUGUUUGGCUGUAGAUGGGUUUCAACUAUCAACUAUAUGUUGAUCUAGAAGUGAACCAGACUGAAAUUUUGCUAGACUUGGUUUGUUCCUGAAAAACCAAGCAGUAAAAUUCUUCAAUGUUGUUACAUGUGAUAACCCUGUUUUUCUCUUU